AUGCCUGCGCCAUCCAGACAACUCUCGACCCCUACACACUUGCAUCCGCUGCUCCCAGAGGAAGGGUCUUCUCGAGGACGCCGAUCGCGUGGAAAACAGACUGAGUCAGGCGACUUUAAGCCUGCUACAGACUACUUCACCUUGAAGGCACAGUUGGAGAGUAGCGCAGAGGAACAUACGAAGCAUAGCCAUGCGAACUGGGAUGGUAGCGUCCGUGGCUAUGGCAAGGGUAGAAAGCGCAAGCAUGUCAAACCAGCACCGCUUAUUGUUGUAGAGUCUUCCAGCGGGCAUUUUGCAUCUCCAUCUACCCCGAGUUAUAACAACUUGGAACCCGUCUUCUCUGAGCCAUCUACCCCGGCUUAUAGCAACGUGGAAUCCGUCCUCUCUGAGCCUGUCCUAGGGGAAUCCGUGUCGCAUAGUGAUUCUCAGAUUUUACUCACGACAUGGCAUGAAAUGUCUGACAGUGAUAUCGAGUCUGCUAUCCUUCAGUGUCACGAAUCUACACCACAGUCUAGUGUUCCCAGCCACCCGUAUCAUUCCGUGUUACGGGUCCUGUCAUCCGCCGUACACCAUCUCACUCGAAUACGCCGGGAGCUUGAAGAAAGCCGCCGGCUAUUACUGGAGAAAGACGCUGCACGGCGGGACCGUGCAAGCCAGCUUUUACAAGAAUUGCCACCAUCCGAAAAGGGCGUAGCAGAACGUGUGUUACAGUCGCUCUUUCCGAACGAUGACGAAAAGGGCCAUCGAGUUCAUAGACAGCAUAGCCAACUUUCUAUUGCCGAAUCGUUGACGGAAGCCAUCGAAGACGACAGUGCGCUUUCGCACAGUUACCCAAGCGAUAUAGUCACGCCCGUGGCAUCAGCGACAACCGUACCAAUUGACACCCACGCCGACAUCCAUAUCGGCAGCCAGACAGAUGGCGCGUCCGUGAUAGAAGACUCGGCGCCGUUGGAUAUCGGACCCCAGAAAGAGGCUGAGGAUUCCGGGGAUGGUGGUUCGCAUCACAGAGACAUGAGUUCUUCGGGUGAGACUACCAGAAGUGACCAAGCAUCUUUGGGCAAUUGGAUGGGCACAUGGUGGCUGAAGGGCAAGAGGAAUGGCCGUACACCAUCUUCUCUACAUAGCGAGGACUCCUCAGGCGCAGUCGCUUCAGAUCUAUCGACUUCUUCGCAGCCUGACACGGAUGCCGUGGUCGAACUGCCAGCGACGCCUCAGACAGUAAACAAGACUGGUCGUCGGAAAGUCUCUCGAAGCGUAUUUGGCACCCUAGGCUUCUCCAUCCUGAAUCCAUCCGCCGGUGCUGCGACGUCCAGAAAGCGCCGUAACGUGUCUGUAGCAGACGUAGGACCUGUAGAGACCCCUCGACCCACCCAACGAAGCCAAACCGCACAGUCUGCUGCAUCCUCUCCCGUCAGAGACACAGUUCUCCGUGCGGAAUCGCCCCAACUAUCCGUCUACCUAUCGUCCUCGAAGCCGCCAUCUGUUGUCUCCUCGGCAAAGCCGGUGGGCGAUGAGAAGCCUCCACAAGGAGCUUCUUUGCGAGCGAUCAUACAAGCGACACGGGUUAUGACCUCCGAUCCCGCCAGUAUCCUGGACGACCAGGGUCAAGAUACAAGCGAUUUCAUCGCUCAGCGGGCGAUGGAGCUGGUGCGGAACGCGAGAGAAGCGGGACUGGACUUCCGGAAGGAGCGCAAGCCGGAUAAGCCAGACGGUCAGCACCAGCAAGGACACCCAGUGUCUCUGAGUUCCACAAACGACCACAAACCCGCUCUGGGCCAGGUCAUCAUUCAGGAUGAAACACGCAAACUGCAUACACGUCGAAAACCCAGCGUUAAUCUGUCUUCGUUCGCUUCUCCUCUUUUCGGCUCAUUUAUGGCUCAGCAGGAGAAGACCAUCUCGACCGUGGUGGGCGCUGUUUCGAGGGGUUACGCUUCUAAUGCAUCAUCUUCGCAUGCACAAGUCAAUGGCCCUACCUCUCCUACGGUGCCUGUGCGCAGGCCUGGGUCUGUCCCGCUGGAAUCCAUCAUCCCGACCAAUGCAAAGCCACCAACGCAGUUCCUCUCGCGUACCUAUACUCCCUUGACGUCCCGGGACUUCCACUUCUCCAUUCCCCUACCUGAUGUGGCGUCUGCACUUUCUGUUCCGCUUGACGAGCAGAGUCACGAGGGUAUGACGGAUAGAUAUGGCUUCAUCUACGAUGUGUCGAGGUAUGAUGUCCUGCUUCUCAUCCGCGCGAAGGAAUGCAGCAAUACGGCUCCGGCAUGUCUGACCGGUAUCAAGAUUGCUGACAGACGGGAAGACAACAACUGGCCUGAGGACGAGGCCGUACCGGACGACGCUAUCGAGAUCGUGAAGGAAGGCUGCGAUCUACACAAUGCUGGUGAUUCUAAUGAGACCCUCAGCAUCAGAUCCUCAAGUACCCGGCGCACGGUACAGAGCAUGCCAACCGCAGACUCGAUACCACAUUCUUCGCAGGCAUCUCGUGGGGUAUCACCGUCGUCAUCGAAGGGAAGAAAGCGCACUCCUGCAGCUGUGGCAGACCCAAGAUCGAAGACGUCUAUUUUGCUUGUCGACUCCGAGACUCCACGUCACGUCUGCGCGCAUACCAUCCGCAAUCUCAUGGCGCGGCUGGUCGAGCUUCAUGAUGAGCGACACGCUGUCCAGCGUAAAGAGUGGGAUGCCUUUUUGAAACGCAGGAGCAAUUCCAGGAAGGUUGUCAACUCGUCAGGCACGAGGACGGCCGCUUCAGCAGGCGCAGCCGCCCUUCUCGGAUUGGGAACUGCUGAUGCAGACGAGGAACUCGAUCACAGCGGUGGUUUUAUUGGUUUCGCACAGCUUGGCUUACCUGCAUAUCGCGACGAAAGGAAAGAUUUUGUCCGCCUUGUACGUGGUGGCAUACCUCUAGUCUAUCGCUCGAAGGCAUGGCUUGAGUGCAGUGGGGGAUUAGAAAUGCGAGAACCUGGCGUAUUCUCCGAUUUGCUCGCGCAGUCGGACGACGAGAAUGGCGCGGUUCGCGAGAUCGAGAAAGACGUUGGGCGGACGAUGCCUUUGAACGUGUUCUUUGGUCGCACCGGCGCAGGUGUAGACAAGCUGCGGAGAGUUCUGAUCGCAUAUAGCAGGCGAAAUCCAACGGUCGGAUAUUGUCAAGGCAUGAACCUCGUGACUUCCACCCUCCUUCUGGUUUUCGGGGAUGAAGAGGAAGCUUUCUGGGUACUUGCUGCUAUGAUUGAGCGAAUCCUACCACCCGACUUCUUCUCCCCAUCAUUGCUGAGCUCUCGCGCGUGUCCUCUGAUACUGCUUGACUACGUGCAGGAGCAUAUGCCAAAGUUGUACAAUCACUUGACACAACUAGACGUCGAUCUUCCCGCCAUCUGCUUCUCUUGGUUCCUGUCGCUGUUCACAGAUUGUCUUCCAGUGGAGACAUUGUUCAGAGUGUGGGAUAUCUUCCUUGUGGACGGCCUCGACGUUCUCUUCCGCAUCGCAUUCGGCAUACUCCGGAUGAGUGAGCAGGAAUUGCUGCACUGCAACUCGAUUCCUGCGGUGUACGUCGCCUUGGAGAGCCUACCCAACCGCAUGUGGGAAAUCGAACGGUUGCUACAGCAUGAGACAGAGCUCCGGUCCACGAUGUUGCAUGCCGAUCUCGUCAAACGCCGCGACACUCACAUCGCGAGCCUGAAGGAAUGUAUGGCCUGA